AUGGACAACACGCCCCUCCACCCCGAUAUCAUAACCCUGCCACCGGACAACGGUCACCGCCAUGGCGACUUCCUCACCGCGAUCCCCUACAACCGGUCCAUGUACCGCACCACCCUCAUCCUCCGCAUCAGCUCCAUUCUCGUCGCCUCCAUUAUCGCCGCCCUCGUCGCCUCCAGUCAAUCCGACCCCGCUAUAGCCCUUAACAACGUGGCCUUUGGCUCGCCGACGGCCGGCUUGGCUGGGCUCUGGAGCAUAGGCGACGUCGCCGCGCUGCUCGUGCGGGACCGGGGCUUCCGCUGGACCAAGAACGACCCGACCAAGCUGCCGCGCAGCACGCGCUUCAGCUGGGGCAGCCCUGGCGGCCACGUCGCUGCGCAUCUGCUGAUUUGGGUUCCGACGUUGGCGUUCUUGGCCAUAAUCAUCUCGGGAGUGAGGCUCGAGUCCUACGGAAGCCUCUCCGACCCGCAACAGCUGGGUACGGUCGCCGCGUUGAUUUUCUUCAUGUUUGUCCUGAUGAUGAUUCAUUUCUCGCUGUUCGUCCUCGCCUGCGUCGCCGUCGACAACAACAGGCGGCAGUACUCGGACGUGGUCUUCGUCCCGCGCGGGGAGCUGUGCGAGAUGGUGCCGGUGCCGCCGACGACGCCGUGGGAGCUCUUCUCGCCGAGGAAGCUGCUGCUGUCGUACUUUGCGAACCACUACGUCCGCUUCGUGCCGGCGGCGGACGGGACGGUGACUAUGGCUAGAGACUAUAGCAGCCGACAGGCGAGGUUCUGA